AUGGACACCCCUGAGCGUGAUGAAGACUUGCGGCAGGAGAUUCUCUCUGGUUCAUUGCAGUCUGAAUUCGCAUUGCUCUCGAAACAGUUCGAUGCCGGAUGGCGCGAAGUGCGCAAACGAGCCUUGGAGAACCCUCGCGCUGCGGCGAUCGCUCAGCAUUGGCUCGUUCGGUUCCAAAUUCCCAGUAUGCCAACUUCGGAUCUGCUGUUGCGUUCUUGUAUUACGAACCCCCGUCACUUCGUCUGGGUCCGCCGGAACACAACACACCGUUGA